AUGGAUCUCGAUAGUCUGCCUCCCAUUACCCGACUGUGGGCUUUCAGCGCGGUCGGGUUAGCAAUAUGCGAGCACAUUCACCUCACCUCGCAUUACGCUCUAUGGUUCUCUCCUCACCUCGUCUUCUCCAAAGGUGAACUUUGGCGCCUGGUCACCACCUUUGUCUACUUUGGACCGCUCUCCAUCGAUUUCUUUUUCCACCUCUUCUUCUUUCUGCGAUACAGCAGAAUGUUGGAGGAAAAUCAUUUCAGCGGACAAAAGAAGGCGGACUACGUUUGGCUGCUGAUCUUUUGCUCGGCUGCGCUCUUGUUGCUCAGCCCACUCGUCACGCCCAUUCCCUUUCUGGGAAGCCCACUGGCUUUCGUACUGGUCUACGUGUGGAGCAGGAGAAACAGACACGUCAGACUCAGCCUAUUUGGUCUCCUGGUCAUCACUGCCCCCAAUCUACCAUGGGCCCUCGUGGCUUUCAGCUGGCUCAUCAAUGGCUCUCCUAAAGCUGCCGUUGGUGAUUUGAUGGGCAUAGCUGUUGGUCAUCUCUGUGAGUGCGCACAUGACCCACGUAUGUGGUGAGCUAUGCUCUUGCUCACGCGAUGACAUCACAAUCUCUCAGACUACUUUUUGGUCGACAUUUGGCCGCGAGAAGUUCGCAGCGGAGGCAUCAGUCUGCUGAAAACACCAAUCGCUCUGUGAGUAGUCGAGAUGUGCAGGGAUCACGAGGAAGGGGCGCAGCAAGCGAGCCAAGGUCAUGCCUUCGGAUACGAAGAGAUUGUGCGCAACCUCAGAAGCAAAUCGAGAGCUGGCGGAAAGAGUCUUUGUUUGGCCUCGAUCGGCGCUCCAGCCUUGCGUCUGUCGCCUUCUACUUCUGCGCUGCAACCAUGAAAUGACCUGUCCUCCAUUCCCUCCCCACAGCGUGCAAUUGAUCGACGGCCCGGAAGCAGCUAGGGAGAGGAGAGAGGCGGAAAGAGCAGAGCGAACCUCAACUCCGAGCGGGGAUGCUGCUGUUGCACCGGCUCCCGCCGGGUAG